AUGGAUAUAAACAACGCGAGGACGCGGCUCCGUCGCACAUUCCACUACCCCACCGAUGAGAGUUCCACAGGGACCACUCCCGAGGUCCUCGACGAAGAGGAACAGGAGAAGCUCAUCCAGGACCUCGCCGAACAGAACGCAACCCACAACCAGCAAUACCAGAUCAUCCUCCUCGCCCUGCCCAUCCUGUCGUGCAUACCUUACCUCCUCGCACUCUUCCGGCCCUCGACGACCCUCAUCGCUGUGCUGGGCCUGACGUCCCUAGCAAGCACGGCCUUCCUCCUCUUCAGCCUCCCGCCGACCGAGACGGGCAUCCACGCGCUGGACAGCCGGGCAAGGUCAGGGUCCGCCCGCGGCCAGCAGGGAGACGACGCAGCAGCCGGGGUCGCGUCCGGGUCGGACGACGGCCCCAGCGGGCUGAGCACCCUGAACCAGCGGCGCCAGCGGCGGCGGCGCGCGAGCAGCUUCAGCCUGGCGCCGCAGAGGAGCCCGCUGGAGAGGCACCUGCCGCUGCUGAACGUGGGGCUCUGCGCGGUGCUGGUGCUGUACGGGCUGCUGGUGCAGCGGCGCGGCGGCAGCAGCGAGCACUACGACCGCGACGAGGACCACCGCCAGCACUUUGGCUGGCUCGGCCUCGGCAACCUGCCCGCCAUCGUGUACGCCGUCGUGAUCGUGGCGAAGCUGCUGAUGGCCAACGUGGACCCGGAGAGGGAGCUGACGGCGCUCAAGUACGACUACAAGGGGGCGUGA